AGACGCGAAGCCGUAGUAUUACUCGCCAUUCGGCGUCGGUAUCGAUCGACUCGUUUCUCGUAUAGAGUUGGUCUCCAACUCUCCAACACAUACCUCAGAGUCUCCCCUCUCACUCUCUCUCACAGUGAGGGCUAUCUGCGACUGUAUGGCCGCACCAACAGAGCCCAGGCGUUGACCAAAAUGUCGGAACUUCAGCGCUCUAUCGACGGCUGGGAAGGCAAAGACAUCGGCCAGUUCUGCAACGAGUUCGUGAUGGACGGCCCCUUAGGGAAGCUGUCGGGCACCGGCACCCGAUCCGGACGCCUAACCGAGCGGCACGUGUUCCUAUUCGACGGCCUAAUGGUGUUGUGUAAACCCAAUAACAAGAGGUCGUCGAUGACUGUGGCCGUCACCGGAAACCCGCAGUGCGAUUGGAGACUCAAAGAGAAAUACUUAAUCAGAAAUAUAGAGAUCAUUGACCGCGAAGACUACUCCAACGACACGGAGAUUAACGGAACUAAUUUCUAUAAUAAUAAUGGCGGCGGAACCCGCAAGAUCAUUGACCGCGAAGACUACUCCAACGACACGGAGAUUAACGGAACUAAUUUCUAUAAUAAUAAUGGCGGCGGUGGGGGCACCGGUACUCAUCAUAUGCCUAAAUACGCGUUUGAAAUCGUGCCCAGAAUC